AUGAUUGUGUCAAAAGUAAGAAUGUCUGCAGCUCAGGUUGCAUAUUUCAUGGCAGUUUUGGACACCGCUGGUCAGGACGAAUUCAGUGUCAUGCGAGAACAAUACAUGCGGAGAGGACAGGGAUUCAUCAUUGUUUUCUCUGUUACGGAUCCGCAAAGCUUCAAACAAGUUCGUCGUUUCCACACCCAAAUUCUGCGUGCAAAGGACUGCGAAUCUUACCCAAUGAUUUUGGCAGGAAACAAGAUCGAUCUCGUUCAUCAGCGCAUCAUCACCGAAGAACAAGGCAAAGAAUUGGCAAAAGAGUUAAUGGUUCGUUUGUUUCGAAGUUUCGUUACUUUUCUCUGA